AUGACCCGCAAACCUACGAGCGUACCCUCGCUAAUCGUGCAGUCAACUCACCUGCCGUCGCGUUCGAUCUCGAUCACGCCCCGCGUCGCUGACAGCCCGUACCGUGUUGAGCGCGACACGUUCGGUGACCUGCAGGUGCCCGCGGACCGGUACUGGGGCGCCCAGACGCAGCGCUCGUCGAUUAACUUCAAGAUCGGCGGUGCCGCUGAGCGCAUGCCGCCCCAGAUCAUUGCGGCGUUCGGUGUGCUGAAGAAGGCCGCUGCGACGGUGAACCGCGAGUUUGGUCUCGACCCGAAGAUCGCUGACGCGAUCUGCGCGGCCGCCGACGAGGUCAUUGCCGGCAAGCUGCAUGACCACUUCCCUCUCGUUGUGUUCCAGACGGGCUCGGGCACGCAGUCGAACAUGAACGUCAACGAGGUCAUCUCGAACCGCGCCAUUGAGAUGCUCGGCGGCGAGCUCGGCUCGAAGAAGCCCGUGCACCCUAACGACCAUGUGAACCGCAGCCAGAGCAGCAAUGACACCUUCCCGACGGCGAUGCACAUUGCGACGGUGCUCGAGAUCACCCACGAGCUGAUUCCUGCGCUGCAGAACCUGCACGACGCACUUGCCGCCAAGCAGGCCGAGUUUGAGGACAUUAUCAAGAUUGGCCGCACGCACCUCCAGGACGCGACGCCGCUGACCCUCGGCCAGGAGUUCAGCGGCUACGUGCAGCAGCUGAAGAACUCGAUUGCUCGCGUGCAAGACGUUCUGCCCCGCCUGCGUAUGCUCGCGCAGGGCGGCACCGCUGUCGGCACGGGCCUUAACACCUUCAAGGGCUUUGACGUGAGGGUGGCCGCUGAGAUCUCGAACAUCACCGGUGAGGAGUUUGUGACUGCGCCGAACAAGUUCGAGGCGCUCGCGACGCACGACGCGAUGGUCGAGGCAUCGGGUGCUAUGAACACGGUCGCCGUCUCGCUGAUGAAGAUUGCGAACGACAUCCGCUACCUCGGCUCGGGCCCCCGCUGCGGUCUGGGCGAGCUGGCGCUCCCUGAGAACGAGCCCGGCUCGUCGAUCAUGCCUGGCAAGGUCAACCCCACGCAGUGUGAGGCUCUGACCAUGGUCGCUGCGCAGGUCAUGGGCAACCACGUCGCCGUGACCGUCGGUGGCUCGUACGGUCAGUUUGAGCUGAACGUGUUCAAGCCGGUGAUUGCCAAGAACGUGCUCUCGAGCAUCCGCCUCCUCGCCGACGGCGCCAACUCGUUCACCGAGCACUGUGUCGUGGGCAUCCAGGCGAACAAAAAGCGCAUCCACCAGCUGCUCAACGAGUCGCUGAUGCUUGCGACCGCGCUCAACGCCCGCCUCGGCUACGACAAUGUCGCCAAGGCUGCCAAGAAGGCGCACCACGAGGGUCUUACACUCAAGGAGUCCACCGUCAGUCUGGGUCUCCUUACCCCCGAGGAGUUUGACGAGCAGGUCCGUCCCGAGCUCAUGAUCGGCCCCAACGACCCGCCCAAGUAG